AAUUCUACUUGAAGACGUAUGAAAUUGUUUGCAAAUUGUACAAGUGGAGUGACAUAAGUGUUCAAAAAUCUUAAAUAUAAAUUUAAGUGUCUGCACUGUGUGAUUUUUGUGUUUGUGAGUGAAAUGCCCCUAAGAGGAAGAAGUUUUGACUGUUGAUGCCUGCCUGAUUAACACGCGUCGAGUGCCCUCUAACAGCCUGUUUGUGAGGAUUAAGACUAAGGAGCAAGCGUAACAGCGAUUAGCCGUUCGACCGUGAAGCGUGACAUUGUGAGAGUGCAUUAUCUGUAACGAUUUGCAUAUCGCGGCUUCCCGUUUGACGAGGAGGAGGGUACAGGCGCGUGGAGCGAGCUUGCGGCGCGGCACCCGGACAUAGCGGCGCGGCUGCGGCAGCGACCCGCCACCUGGGCCAGGAAGCGACGCCCCUCCAGCCAGGACGCGACUGACGAUUUUGACGACAACUUCAGCGGCUUCGACAGAUUCCCGUUUGACGACAUCCCAACAGAGUUCAGAGAGCAUUUCCCGUCACAUUGGAACCGCCGGUACGGUACCCGAGACGAACCACAUCAGCAGCAGCCGCCUUCACCGCAGCCACAGUCGCCACAACAGCAUUCUACAGCUACACAGACUGAACAGGCACCGGGACCAUCCCAGGACGAUCAACAGUCUCAUUUACCACAGUACGGAUUAAGAAACACAGUAGACCUUGGACAGAAAAGCCCCGCACACCCUGGUUUGGUUGAUGAGGACGACCGAAAUCAUCGGUCUAUGUCAGCGCCCCCCGAUAAUCGCACAUCAGGUCACAGUAAUAUAAACAAAAUGAGUGGACACAAUAACCAGGAACAAGCUCACCAUCCGCAAACUGAACAACAAUCUUCCAAUGUACGACACAUCCCUAUUUUCGUGGAAGGCAGAGAUGAACCUGUAAUUAAUAAAUCAGUAGACCGUGGUACGCACUUUGGUGACGCUAAGCCUACCUACGUACCUCCGUCACAACCACAUAUUGAUAGAGAUCAGUAUUUUGCCGAUGAUGGUCCUGUCAAUUUCCACCAUCCUCCGAACUUCUCGAGGACGUUUGGUACCCCAUUUAAUAAAGGAUUUAGACAGGGACCACAACCGUUUGUACAGCAAAAAGUGUAUCCACAAACAGCGUUUGCUCGCGGUGCGUCCCCACAGAGAUCCCAGUCUCCUAAACCACAAAUGCCCCCAGAAGAGCAUUAUGUAAAGGUACCAGUCCAUCAUGAGCAGACACCCAGAGCUGAGACUCCGUCCAGAGCACAGCAGAAGCAGCCUCCGCGCCAGCCUACCCCUCAGCGACAGUCUACGCCCCCUCAACAGCCUCCCCCGCAACAGAAUGCUCCACCGCAGCAGCAAGCUCCACCGCAGCAGGAAGCUCCACCGCAACCGAAACCUCAGCCGUCUAUGAAUGAUCCUAUAACGCAGAUCCUAAGCAUCCAAACUGAUGUUCUAAAUCUUAUGUCAGAAGUUGAAAACUUUACUGGUACGAAGAAAGACAAAAGAUAUUUGUACCUUGACGAAAUGCUUACCAGGAAUCUUAUCAAAUUAGACACAAUCGAAACUGAUGGCAAAGAAAACAUAAGACUGGCAAGGAAGGAAGCUAUUCGUUGCAUUCAAAAAUGCAUAGCCGUGUUGGAAGCUAAAGCUGAAAAAGGCAGCAGCGCUUCUCAACAUCAAGAUGUUGAAAUAGAGAAUUCUACGACUAACGAGCAGGGCGCAGAAAAUGGUGAAGUAGAAUUGAAAAAUGUUAGUAACACAGAAACUACAACAGAGUCUGAAAUGGAGCAAGAAAAUUCUGAAAGCCCUAAAAAGGAAGAAAUUGAAGAACAUAAGCCAAAAGAAGAAAAAGUUGAAGUCGCGCCCUCUACCGAGAGCAAGGAGGUUGGUCAACCACAAGUCGCAGACACGCGGCCAGAACAACAAGUUAAAGAACAGAUCCCAGAAGUCACAGCAGAUGAAAAUGUAGAAAAAGAAAAGAAAAGCCCCAAAAAGGGCACGAAAAAUGUAAAGAAACGUGAUAAGAGUAAGGAUAAGAAAGAUGCAACUAAUGAUAGUAUUAAGGAAGUAAAUGUUGAGAAGAAAGAUGAUAAGUCCCAAAUAAAUCCAGUAGAAAAGGUAGAACCAAAGAAGGAUGAAAAUGAACAGAAUAAAGAUGCGAAAGUAGAACAAGGGACAGAAGAUAAAGUUGAACAAAAGAAAAAUGAGAAAUUAGAAGCUAUGCAGAUUGAUGGUAAGGGCGAUAGCACGGAGACGCAAACAAUGGAAGUAGACAGUCAUGCUAGUCAAUAAAUAUAGUUUGCAUUAGUGAAUUGUUUCUUAUAGUUACACAGCUACUAAGCGUCGCACGGGGCCUACAAUCUGCCUUUUUUUCUCCUUCGUGUUAAUUCUUUGUGUCUAAAUAACAAGGUGUUGACAUGUAUUGUUUGUUUGUAAAAUUUAACAUCUACUUUGUGUAAAGGAUGCUGUCCAUAGGAUUUGAGAUGGUCUCCUCUUGUUUAAAUCCUAAUAUUUAAUAAUUUAUUGUUUAUCAGUACUUGAUAACGCAAAUUUCUCAAUAAACUAUAUCAAUUCACAAAGUGUGUUUUAAUAAAUAACUCGAUUUUCAUGUUUAUAUUCUAUAUUUGAUGCUUUAAUUAAAUGUAUUCAAGUUGUAU